ACAGCUGAUUUCCUCCUACAGUCUAUCGUUUCCUCACAUGUUGUGUUUCGAGCUAGUAAAUGAGUCAGUUUGGUUGUAACGAUUAAUCUAAUGUUGAUGGAAAUCACAAGUUAUAGUUGUCUCUAUGAGUGACUGUUCACUGGCGUCAGUUAAUAUAAAGUUGCGACAUUUUACACGUUUACAACGCUUUUACCAAACAUAGCGAGAAAGUGUUUGCUAACAAAAUGCGAACUUUACCAGUAUUAGCUAGCUAGCAACCGCUGCCCUCCUGACAACGUUUAAAGUUAGCUCAGUUCCUUUGUUGGCACUCUAGAUAUUUGUUAUCUAUUUGUUUGUAUGUGAGCGGUGACGGUUUCAUCUUUGUUCAGACACCAUGUGUCAGGUUGAUGAAGAAUACAAUGAGCUGUUGGAGAGUAGAUCAUUACCAGGUGUCUCCAAGAAGUGCAUGAAGUGUAAAGAGGGCACAGCAGUGCUGAUUAUUAGAGCCGGAGAUGCAUUUUGCAGGAGUUGUUUCAAGGAAUAUUUCAUACACAAGUUUCGUGCCAUGCUGGGUAAAAACCGUGUCAUCUUUCCUGGAGAAAAGGUUCUCCUGGCUGUGUCUGGUGGAUUGGCUUCAAGUUCCAUGUUAGCCCAGGUCCAAGAGGGUUUGAGUCAAGAUGCUCAUAAGAAAUUACGAUUUGUGCCUGGAAUUGUCUAUGUGGAUGAGGGGGGUGCCAGUGGGCAGAGUCUGGAAGAGCGACAGCGGGCAGCCUCACAGCUGGAGCACAUUUUCCAGGCCACAGGCUUCCCCUAUCACAUCGUCCCCUUGGAGGAGGUAUUCUCACUGCCAAGCUCAGUCCUGGAGGCAGCGUCUGCCAUUUCAAACAGCUCCACUUGCAGCUACAAGACUGCAGUGGAACAGUUUAUUCAGAAUGGAGGAGAGGCUGUCGGACUCAGAAACAAGGAACAAGACUCCUCACUGGCAGAUGCCGUGUCUCAACUGCAAACACACGAUUGCCAGCCGUCAUCAUUUAUCCCUCCUGCUCCCCAAAGACAGGCCCUGGAGAGACUGUUUGCCUCUGUUAAGACACAGACCGCCAAGGAGGAACUCUUACAGACUCUUAGGCAGCACCUGAUCCUUCACACUGCCAGGCUGAAGGGCUAUUCCAAGGUGAUGCUGGGGGAGAGCUGCACCCGUCUGGCCGUCAAACUGCUCAGCAGCAUCUCUCUGGGGCGGGGCGCCGCACUGGCCAUGGAUACGGGCUUUGCAGACUCACGCUUUGGUGACGUGGUCCUAGUGCGGCCUAUGAGGGACUACUCCUCUAAAGAGAUCGCCUUCUACGGCAGGCUGUUCUCCGUCCCUUCCGUGUUCACUCCGGGUCUGGACACCAAGACGUCUGAUAAAGCCAGCAUCCAGAGACUGACUGAGAGCUUCGUCACCAAUCUCCAGACUGGUUUCCCUUCCACGGUCAGCACCAUCUACAGGACGAGUGAGAAACUCCAGACCGCUCACUCUGCCCAGACAAACGACGCAGAGCCAGCCAGCAAGUGCCUCCUGUGUCUCUGUGCCCUUGACACCACCGUCGAGGAGGCCUCUGCCUUCAAUGCCACGCUCCUGUCUGAGAGGCUGUCCCAGGGGAAGAAGGCUGGAGGCGCAGGCCUCCCUACCUCUGCCCCUGCUCCUUCUCCUGCUCCAGCGCUGGGCUCAGGUUCGGCAGGCCAGUGCUGCUCCUCCUCAGCUGGAAGCUCUGGGGAUGGGGGCUGUGGAGGAGGAGGAGGAGGAGGAGAAGGAGAAGGAGGAGGCUGCUGCUCCGGGUCCAGUGGAAGGCCGUCUGUGAACAGUGAUCUGAAGAGUCUGUUGUGUUACAGCUGUAGGCUGACCAUCAAAGACAUGACCACAGUAGACACCCUGCCUUCAUACUUAAUGAGUGAAGCAGAGAGGCGGAAGAGAAGGGUGGAUAUGAGGAAGGAGAUUAGUGAGUUUCUGCUGGAGGAAGAUGAAGAUUAAGAGCAGCCAUGCUGAAGAUGACAGCCCAGAACAUCACACCAUCAAAUACUUUUUAUUUAGAGUAUUUUUUUAUUUACUGGAGCCUUUCAUGUACUCUCUCAGUGGCCAGACUUAAAGCAGAGGGUUGCACUGGCAGCAUAUGCAACCCGUUAUUUAUUUUUAAAUUAUGCUUUUAAUGACAUGCAUUUCCAAAUGAAUGGUAUGAGCAUCAAAUGUUACUGCUUCUUUUUGCCUGCCUUGAAUGAAAUUAAUUAAAUAAAACCCAGACUUUUAUAAAUGA